AUGUAUCAAGAAAGAAAUGGUUUUUUAUUAUCUGACAGGGAUUAUCCAUAUGAAUCUGUAUUUCGUGAAUUCUUGCAAAAUGCAGAUGACGCGGGGGCCAAAAUUUUUCGUGUUACGGUUGACGAACGUUCGAUGAGUCAACAAUGUGAAUCUUUAAUAACAAAAGAAAUGGCAGUUUGGCAAGGUCCAGCAAUCUGGAUAUAUAAUGAUGGAAUGUUCAAUAAUCAUGAUUUUGAUUCACUACUUAAUAUUCAUGAGGGUGGAAAACGCGAUGAUUCUACAAAAAUCGGAAAAUUUGGGAUUGGAUUUAAUUCAUGUUUUCAUUUUACCGAUGUUCCUAGUUUUGUCAGUGGCAAAUACAUUUCGUUUUUGGAUCCACAUGAACAAUUUCUUCCAAAACAGCGUGGUAUUCAAAUUAAUUUUCUUGAUGAAGAGUUUAGAAAUUUGUUCAGUGAUCAAUUAGCCCCAUAUGUUGGGAUAGAAGGUUGUAGAUUUGAUCAGGAAUACAAAGGAACAUUAUUUAGGCUUCCACUACGCGUUUGUCGAAGCGAAAUAUGUGACGAAAUCUUUAAUACUUCCGAUAUUUUAGGCUUCUUAGAAAAACUGAAGUUAAAUGCAAUUUCGGAAUUAAUCUUUUUUCGAAAUAUCCAAUCUUUUGAAGUUAAGAAGUUAGCUAAAGUCUCUCAACCUGAUCAAACUGCAUUGUUGUGGAAAAUUAAUAUUCCUAAUAUGACUGAGGAAAUUCAAGAGAAAAGGCAACAUACGAACGAAGGAUUUACUUCAUUUUGUCUAAAUAUCGAAUUUCAAGAUGGUAUUAAUACAAUUUCAAAGUUGUGGCAGGUAUGCAUCGGAGGAGUUUCUGUCGAAUCUAUAGCAUUAACUAAAUUCGCAAAAUGCCAUCGAAUGUUAUUACGUGGAGGUGUUGCUGCUUCACUUCCUUUACAUCCAACUGAAAGAGCAGUGAAUGGACGGUUAUAUUGUUAUUUACCUCUACCUCAAGUGACUCGUCUACCAGUACAUCUUAAUGGAGACUGGGCAAUAUCCUCAGAUAGAUCCACAGUUCUUUUAGACGACGAUUCAUUGGUUGAAAUGGACAAAUCUAAGUUGUCAUGGAAUAAGCAUCUACUAUUAGAAGUUUUACCUAUGUUAUAUGCUAAUCUUUUGGUGGAUGUCGUAGAAUAUUUAAUCAAUAAUAACAUCAAUCAUAAACAAAUAUUGAAAUAUUUGUGGCCUUUACCACUUAACAGAGAAAAAGCUGCUAUUUAUGUAAUAGAAUUCGGGGAGAAAGUUCUUAAAAAUCUUCCUAUGGAUAAGCCCCUCUUUCGAUCAGCUAAUGGAAAUGGGUCAUAUGUCUCUUUACAAGAGGCGUUCUUUGAUAGCGAUGAGUUUAUCAUCAAUAUACUUUCUGAAUAUAGUGAUGUGAAGAGUGUGCAUUUAUCAUCGGAAAUGUUAGAUGAUUUAAAAAAUGUAGAUGUUAAAUGGGCCCCAAUUCCCGCAAAAAUGGUUAGGGAAAAUCUCCGGAACAUAGAUCUUUCAAACAAAUUUAGUUAUGAGCAAUUGAUCACAUUACUUUUAUUUAUUUUAGAAGAUAAUAACUAUGAAGAUUUACAUAACAUUAAUUUGAUUCCACUUGCUGAUAAGAGUUGGGGCAAAUUUGAUAGACGAUCUAGGCAAAAAUAUAUAGCGACAUUUGAAGAAUGUAAUUUGGUGCCAAAUGCUGAUUUAUCAAAUUUUGUUGACGAGAUAUGUAGUGAUGAUGAUAAAUUGAAAAAAUUUUUUGAAAAUAUUGAAUUUCAGCAGAAAACCAACGUAAGGAAAUUUAAUGCUGUAUCUCUUGGAAAUCUUUUAAAAUAUGAAAUUCCAUUUGGGCAACAAAUAACAAAUUGGGAUCCUGAAUCUACGUACAUUCCCAAUAAAAUUUGGCUAAAUAAAAUUUGGAAAUUUAUUUUGGAAUCAAACGCCAGUUUGGAAGCAUUUUUUCAAUAUCCACUUUUAGAGGUUAUACGUCCAACAAAAGAAUUGACAUUUUUAGAUUCAAGACAACCCUUAAUUGAAUUACCUAAAGAUGAUACGCAUUAUGAAGAACUGAUCAAAAUACUUGAAGCUUUAGGAAUUAGAUUUACUGAUCGUCCCUGGGAUGAGAAACUAAAUGACUAUAUCCACAAAUGGACGCCAGAUGAAAUUUUAAAAUCAAUUCAUAAUGCAGAACAAAAUGGCAAAACUUUCGGCUUUUUAAACAAUAAAGUUAAGGCUAAGGCGUUAAGAAAUUUUAUUAUCGAAAAUUGGAAUAAUUUUAGUUUAAACGAUGGAACGAUAGUAAAAACUGAAUUUAAAGACAUUUUACGUAAAUUACCUAUUUGGCCUACCUUAUGUGGACAACAAUUCGCGAGUCCAAUUAAUGGGUUCCUUCCACCAGAUGGUAUUGUAAUGAAUUCGAAAAACCAUCCAAAUAAGCUAUUCCUCAAUGCCAAAAAGGAACGUCACAAAAAGACACUAAAAGCAUUGGAUACUUCUUACAUAGAUCUUAUUAAUUAUUUACAAAAUCAUUAUGUGCUUCCAAGGGAAAAUCACGAAAAUCACCUUAAAUUCAUUAUAAGCGUUUUAAAAUCGAAGGAAUUGGACCAAGCUGAAUAUUGGAUCAUAAAUAAAGCUAUAUUUCCAAAUAAGAAAACUAAGAAGCUUAAAAAUGCAAGAGAUCUUUAUGAUUAUAGAAUUCCAUUAUUUCAAAUCACUUUUGAAGGGUCUGACCUAUUUCUUCACGAUGAUAUUCAAAAUGAUGAUUACUGCUUAGACAUUCUUAAAAGAAUGGGGUUUAAAUAUGAAGUAAAUCAACGAACUUUUCUAGAAUGUGCAAGAGCGAUUGUAAAGUAUACCCACGAUCGAAAACCUCCAGAAAACCUAUUAUAUCGUUCUACAAUUAUAGUUAAAUAUCUUUAUGAUAAUGUAGAUGGACUUGGGUUUUCUGAUGUUGAAUGGAAUGGUGAAUUGAGAAUUUUAGGUUUCAUUCCGGCAGAGAUGUAUAUUGAAUCACCUUAUUCAACAAAUGCAAAGAUCCCCAAAAAAUUUGAAAGUUUUAACACAUUGUGCUUACCUAGGGCAAUAUUUCACAAUGACGUAGUUCCAAGUCCUACUUCAUCAAUAUUCAAAAAGUUUAAAAAUUUCGGAAAACCAAGUGCCCACAUAGUUCUUGAACAUUUACGCGAGGUAGCCUCGGAGUUAAUAAAAUCUGAUCAAUGGAUGUUUGAAGAACUUCUCCUAAAAAAGAUUGUUGAUGAUAUCUAUAUUAUACUCAAUGAAGAAUGUGAGGAGUGUACUCUUACAGAGUCGGAUUUUUAUGAAGGCGAAACAAUCUUUUUAAACAUGUAUCCGAAUGAAAAUAUUUUUGAUGAAUUAAAUUGGGUUUCAGCUGAUAAACUAGUUAUUGGCGCUAGCCGAUUGGAUCAAAAUUUUGUUAAACCUACUCUUGUAAAAUACGGAAAACUAUUGAAAGUUGCAGGAGCCGACAAAAUAAUAAGACCUAAUAUUUAUGAUUAUAUUCAAGUCAAAAAAAAUAAUGAGGAUAUGAACGUUAAGACCCUAAACCUUAUAAAGUCACUUCAACAAUUAUUAGAUGAACACAAUUCACUUAAUGAUGUAAUAUUUAUCGUAGGUCAGGAUUUUAGUGAUGAUUUGCAAGAAAAAUGGAAUAAUUUUAAAGCUGAAUAUGGUGAGAUUUGCGCAAAUAGAUAUGUACUUGCAGCAGCUUCAAAUCAUUUCAAGAUUGCAUUUUCAAGUAAUUAUAGAGAUGGCGACCCGUAUAAAAUAGCAAGAAUUCCUGCAUGCGCCAUUAAUCCUGAAUCGUUUGUAGUUUUGUUAAGAUAUCUAUAUUCUAUGCCACUUGAUAUGGCUAUUACAAAAAAUAAUUCAGAUAGCAAUACCUUUAAGAUUAUUAAUUGUAGAACUGAAGAUUACUACAACGAUUAUUAUGAUAAUCAAGAUGAGAAUAUUUUUAAAGAAAAAGAAAGACAAUCAAAUAUUUUAAUAGAUUUGUUGAAGGCUUCUGAUUAUUACGAAAUAGGAGACUUGAAAAAAGAUGCGAUAGAGAAAAUUAUUAGCGAUGGUUACGUUGAACGCUCUAACGUUGAUGAUAUUUUUGACCAUGCCAACACACAUAAUGCUGAGUUGCUUAUUAAAUAUUGCAACGAAUUUAUUGAAUUAAAUAGUAGUUUAAUGUAA